UGGUAUCAGAAGGCAAAAAUAAGUAAUAAACCGUACUAAUUGAUAGCAAUAAUAGUUGUGACUCAAAGUCUCCUGUUCCGGUAUUGGCUUUUUAGACUCACACUUUGACGCCGCUCCACCUAGCGCUGGUAAACAUCUACCCCUUCUACCCACGCUUUUCUAGAUCUAGUCGCGUGGCAUAUCUUCUUUUCCUAACACCAUCACACCUUUUUUCUCUCUCUCGUUCCAUUUGACGAGUUCAUUCAUUCCUACUUCGACCCUACCUGCACUACCACACUUCAAGACAAGCAAGAUGUGUGGAAUAUUUGCUUGUCAUAGUCACCCCGACGUCCAAAAAUUCAAGCCGACGGCUUUGAAAUUGGCGAAACAAAUUCGCCAUAGAGGACCGGAUUGGAGUGGAAGCUGUAUCUGCAACAACACAAUCCUUUGCCAUGAGCGACUAAGCAUCGUCGGUGUUGAGUCUGGCGCACAGCCCCUGACCAAUGCGGACGACUCUAUCAUUCUCGCCGUCAACGGCGAAAUCUAUAACCAUCGGUUGAUCCGAAAGAACUUGAAGCACCCCUACCACUUCAAGACCGCCUCAGAUUGUGAAGUCAUCAUUCCCCUGUAUAUGGAAUAUGGACUUGACGCCCCCAAGUAUCUGGAUGGUAUGUUCUCGUUCGUACUGUAUGAUAAGAAGCUCGACCGAACGAUCGCUGCCCGCGACCCUAUUGGCAUCACCACCUUAUACCAAGGAUGGUCAUCCAAGGAACCUGGUACGACCUACUUUGCCUCCGAGCUGAAGUGUUUGCAUACGGUUUGUGAUGAGAUCCGCGCAUUCCCUCCGGGACACAUCUACGAUACCAAGACCGGCGAGACUAUCCGAUAUUACGAGCCGAGCUGGUGGGAGGAGUCGAAGGUCCCCGAGACUCCCCUAGAUCUGAAGUCCGUCCGAGAAUCGCUUGAGAAGUCUGUGAGGAAACGGCUUAUGGCUGAAGUUCCAUAUGGUGUACUGUUGUCAGGUGGUCUUGAUUCAAGUCUGGUUGCAUCCAUUGCCCAACGAGAAACUCUACGGUUGAAGGCGGCUGCGUUAGCUGCUGCUAACAGUGCAGACGCUGAGGCGAGUGAAGACCCCGACAAGGGUGAGGGUCUCGUCGGUAUCGAUGACGACAACAAGCUCUCAACCGUGACGUAUCUUCCACAACUCAACUCUUUCUCCAUCGGUCUACCUGGCUCUCCCGAUAACGAGGCUGCUGUAAAAGUAGCCAAAUUCCUCGGCACAAAACAUCACGUUAUGACCUUCACCAUCGAGGAUGGCCUCAACGCAUUAUCCGACGUCAUCUACCACCUCGAGACGUACGAUGUGACGACGAUUCGUGCUUCGACUCCCAUGUACUUGCUAUCGCGAAAGAUCAAGGCUAUGGGUGUCAAGAUGGUCCUUAGUGGCGAAGGAAGCGAUGAGAUUCUCGGAGGAUACCUAUACUUCCACGCUGCCCCGGACAAGAAGGCCUUCCAUGAGGAGACGGUUCGUCGGGUCAAGAACUUGCAUCUCGCCGACUGCUUGCGAGCCAACAAAUCUACUUCAGCAUGGGGUCUUGAGGCUCGAGUCCCUUUCCUUGACAAGGAGUUCCUCGAAGUCUGCAUGAACAUUGACCCGCAAGAGAAGAUGAUCACCAAGGAGCGAAUCGAGAAGUGGCUGUUGCGAAAAGCAUUCGACACAUCGGACGACCCCAACGCGCAGCCGUACCUACCAGACGAGAUCCUCUGGAGACAGAAGGAGCAAUUCUCCGACGGUGUCGGUUAUGGCUGGAUUGACGCCCUCAAGGACAAUGCCGAGAUCCACGUUACCGAUGAGAUGAUGAAGAACCCCAAGCCCGAGUGGGGCAGCGACAUUCCCGAUACUAAGGAGGCUUACUGGUACCGCCUGAUGUUUGACGAGCACUUCCCUCCCCACUGCGCUUCGACCGUAAUGCGAUGGACGCCGACAUGGUCGAAACAGACUGAUCCCAGCGGAAGAGCUAUCGCAACACACGUCGCCAAAUACGACGAAACAUCUGCAUAAUUCAGCAUCCUUUGAUGUUGGGUAAAAAAGGUGAAACCAAAGAGAAGCAUAGAAGUACAGGGUCUGAAAUAUAAUGGACUGAAUAGGGCAUUGAAGGGUCAAUUGCUGAAUAAGGCAUCGCGUACCAUUAAGGGAAACUUUCAGCGAUUAUGGCGAGAUUUGAUUGGUCUCUUCCGGUUAGGAGAACAAACUUAGAGCAUGGAUGUACCUGUAGCUGCAGUGCCGUGUGUUUUCAUCUGGGUACCUGCCUCUUUUAGAUAGGGACUUGCCAUACAUACCUAGAUAGAGAUUUGUUUCGGAC